GUGGGGAAGACAUCUCUGAUCAUGGCUCUGGUGGGCGAGGAGUUCCCUGAAGAGGUGCCCCCUCGUGCGGAGGAGAUCACGAUCCCGGCUGAUGUCACCCCUGAGAAGGUCCCCACACACAUAGUGGACUACUCAGAGUCGGAGCAGACAGACGAUGAGCUGCAGGAGGAGAUCGCUAAGGCCAACGUGGUCUGUGUGGUGUACGAUGUCACUAAGGAGGCCACAAUUGAGAAGAUUCGCACAAAGUGGAUCCCCAUGGUGAACGGGGGAGUUGAAAAGGGCUCCAGGAUCCCCAUUAUUUUAGUGGGAAACAAGUCUGACCUGCAGAUGGGGAGCUCCAUGGAUGUCAUCCUGCCCAUCAUGAACCAGUUCUCAGAGAUUGAAACCUGCGUGGAGUGCUCUGCCAAGAACCUCAAGAACAUCUCUGAGCUCUUCUACUAUGCCCAGAAAGCUGUACUGCACCCCACUGCCCCCCUCUACGACCCAGAGGAGAAGCAGCUGAAGCCUGCAUGUGCACGAGCGCUGACCCGGAUUUUCAACCUCUCAGACCAGGAUAACAACCAGAUCCUUAGUGAUGAUGAACUCAACUACUUCCAGAAGUCCUGUUUUGGAAAUCCACUGGCUCCCCAGGCGCUGGAGGACGUGAAGAUGGUUGUGUGGAAGAACACCACAGAUGGGGUGCAGGACAAUGGCCUGACGUUGAACGGCUUCCUCUUCCUCAACACACUCUUUAUCCAGAGGGGCCGGCACGAGACCACCUGGACCAUCCUUCGCCGCUUUGGCUACGACGACGAGCUGGAGCUGACGGAUGACUAUCUCUACCCACAGUUCCGCCUGCCCCCCGGCUGCUCCACAGAGCUCAACCACUUGGGCUACCAGUUCCUGCAGCGACAGUUUGAGAAGCAUGACAAGGACCAGGACGGAGCCCUUUCACCUGCAGAGCUGCAGAACUUUUUCAGCGUCUUCCCCUAUGUGCCCUGGGGCCCCGAGCUCUGCAACACGGUAUGCACCACUGAUAAAGGCCUGCUUUCCCUGCAUGGAUUCCUCUGCCAGUGGACGCUUGUGGCUUACCUGGAUGUGCGGUGCUGCCUGGAGUGCCUGGGCUACCUGGGCUACCCCAUUCUCUCGGAGCAGGACUCCCAGACACAAGCCCUCACGGUGACCCGGGAGAAGAGGAUCGACCUGGAGAAAGGCCAGACCCAGAGAAACGUCUUCCUCUGCAAGGUGCUGGGAGCCAGGGGCGCAGGCAAGUCCGCCUUCCUGCAGGCCUUCCUCGGCAGGAGCCUCGCGGCCCAGAGGGAGAACCCAGGAGAGCCAUCCCUCUACGUGAUCAACACUGUGCAGGUCAAUGGCCAGGAGAAGUACCUUAUAAUGUGUGAGGUCAGCGCGGACACAAAGUUUGUGAAGCCGUCAGACGCAGCCUGCGAUGUGGCCUGCUUCAUCUAUGACCACAGCGACCCCAGAUCCUUCAGCUACUGUGCCAGUAUUUAUAAGCAACACUACAUGGACAGCCAGAUCCCCUGCAUCCUCGUGGCCUCCAAGACAGACCUGCCAGAAGCAAGUCAGCAGCCCGGGCUCUCCCCUACCGAGUUCUGUUACAAGCACUGCCUCCCGCCGCCCUUCCUCUUCUCCUGCCACGGCCAGGGUCCACCCAGCACCACCAUCUACACCAAACUGGCCACCGCCGCCACCUUCCCCCACUUGAACGCCGUGGAGCUGGGAGCCGCGUCCUUCUGGCUCCGGGUGGCUCUGGGGACCGCGGUGACUGCUCUGGUAGGGUUCACGCUGUACCGUGUGCUAGCCAAGAACAAAUGA